UUUUUUAUCAAAAUAAAAGGGAAGUGACGUUCGAUUCCACGUUUAGCAGGCAAAAUGGCGACGAAAAUGACACUACUUCUUGCCGGCGUUGUUAUCAUGGCUACUUACUGUAACGGAUUCUAUGUACCAGGAGUAGCACCAGUAGAGUUUAACAGAGAAGAAGCAGUAGAAGUUAGGGCUGUCAAAAUGACCAGUGUAAAAACACAGCUGCCAUUUGACUACUAUUCAUCACCAUUCUGUGAACCUAUUGGCGGAAAAGACUAUAAAGCUGAAAAUCUAGGUGAAGUACUUAGAGGUGACAGAAUUGUUAAUACUCCAUACAAAAUCCAGAUGGCUACACCAAAAAAAUGUUCUAUUCUCUGUGAUCAGAAAACCUUCUCUGAGAAACAAUCAAAAGAAAUGGCAGAGAGAAUUAAACAUUCUUACUUUGUUCAUUUGAUAGUGGACAAUCUCCCUUGUGCUACAAAGUUUGAAUUAAUGGAGACUGGACAAACACAGUAUGAACAUGGGUAUAGACUGGGAUUUGAAAAAGAUAAUGUGGCUUAUAUAAACAAUCAUCUGAAGUUUGUGUUGAAGUACCACUCAGAUGACCAGUUGACAUACAGAGUUGUAGGAUUUGAAAUUGAAGCAAAGAGUGUUGGUAGCAAAAACUAUGUUAAAGAAGCAGAUAAUAAAUGUACUAUUAAAGAUGCAGCACCACAACCAAUUAAUGAGAAAGGUCCAACUGAGAUAUUGUUUACCUAUGAAGUUGAAUGGCAUCAAAGUGACAUUCGUUGGGCUUCUAGAUGGGAUAUCUACCUGACAAUGAGUGAUGUACAGAUCCAUUGGUUCUCUAUCAUCAAUUCUGUUGUUGUUGUUAUAUUUCUGUCAGGUAUAUUGACUAUGAUCAUGGUGAGAACAUUGAGAAAGGAUAUUGCAAAAUACAACAGAGAAGAUGAUUUGGAAGAAACAUUAGAAGAAACUGGUUGGAAGUUGGUUCAUGGGGAUGUUUUCAGACCACCAAAACACACCAAGCUUUUGUCAUCUCUUAUUGGUGCUGGGGUGCAAAUAUUUUCCAUGGCAGUCAUCACAAUAUUUUUUGCCAUGUUAGGAAUGUUGUCACCAGCAUCAAGAGGAGCCCUGAUGACUGCUGCAAUCUUCUUGUUUGUGUUUAUGGGUGUUUUUGCUGGUUUCUUCUCAGCCAGACUGUAUAAAACAAUGAAAGGAUUACAGUGGAAAAAGUCAGCCAUACAGACUGCCACUUUGUAUCCAGGAAUUAUGUUUGGUGUGACAUUCUUGUUGAACUUUUUCAUCUGGGGAAAACAUUCAUCAGGAGCUCUGCCAUUUACAACCAUGUUAGCUUUGUUGUGUAUGUGGUUUGGUAUUUCUACACCUUUGGUAUUUCUAGGCUACUACUUUGGGUACAGAAAGCAGCCAUAUCAACACCCAGUUAGAACCAAUCAAAUUCCCCGACAGGUACCAGAACAACAAUGGUACAUGAAUCAUUGGAUUGGAGUAUUAAUGUCUGGAAUUUUACCUUUUGGAGCUAUGUUUAUAGAACUUUUCUUCAUCUUCUCAGCCAUCUGGGAGAAUCAGUUUUACUACUUAUUUGGUUUCCUCUUCUUAGUAUUUAUAAUCCUUGUAAUCUCAGUGUCACAGAUUUCCAUUGUAAUGUCAUAUUUCCAGUUGUGUGGAGAGGACUACCAUUGGUGGUGGAGAUCCUUUAUUGUGUCCGGUGGUUCAGCUAUUUAUGUAUUAGCAUACUCUGUAUUUUAUUUCUAUACAAAGUUAGAGAUUACAGAAUUCAUACCAACAUUACUGUACUUUGGCUACACAUUUUUGAUGGUUGUAACUUUCUGGAUCUUAACUGGAACAAUAGGAUUCUAUGCUGCAUAUUUCUUCAUUAGGAAAAUCUAUGGUGCAAUUAAAAUAGAUUAAUGUUUGGAAUGUAUUAGUAUUCUAUGUGGGAGUUUUAUAAAGACAAUAAAAGAAUUCAGAUAUACCAUGGACAAUGUGUUGAGAAGAAAGAACUGGUUACCAGUCUAAAGUAUUCUUGAACAAAGACUGAGAUAUGUAAGAAGUUGUGGUUAUAAUCUUCAACAUAGAAACUGCUUGGUAUUACAAAAGAUAUUGUAUAUGUUGUAUUGCAUAUACAGUUAAAGCCUUUUUCUAGGAGGAGAAUGAUACUUGGGUUAUUGUGAACUGUAUUGUGUACAUUUAUAUUAAUUUAGUUUUCAUUGUCACAUUCAUUUGUAAUUUAACUUAAUUUUUAGAUAUUUUGAUAUGAAUCUAGAUGCAUUAACAUUAAAAAAAUCAUGUCAACUAUACAAAAUAAUUGAAUAUGGAUCUAAAGCAGAUUUAAAAUUAUUGAGUUGAGUAAAAGUUAUAUUUGGUCCAGUUACUUGCAUAUGGAUUCUAUUAUGUUCCUGGUAAUUUUUUUUAAGAACUGAUCUGAUUACAUAUUUUCAGAUGUCAACACUAUUGUAUAAAAUAAAUGACUGGGUAAUAUAUUUGUUUAUAAACAAAUAUCUGUGAUAAUCAUGAAACAAUAUUAAACACGUGAAAUCAAAGUUAAACACAUGUGCUAAUGAACUGGUGAGGAUGAAUUUUCUGUUAAAAGAAACAUCUUUCUCUUUUUUAUAGCAAUACUAAAUUGUUUGUAUGAUUUGGUAGGAAUUGCAUACUUCAUAUUACAUGUUUUACUAAACUUUUAAACCAGAUUUAUUGUUUGUCUAUAAAUUGUCUUUUUGAAUUGCUGAACUAGAAAAUUGUUUUUAUGAAGUCAUGUUUUCUUGAUCCCUUUCAAUGUCUAAACUACUGAACUGGUUUUGUAUGUUUUUCAUUCAAGGAGUGUAUAUUUGUAAUAUUCUGGUGUUUGAAUUUGGCCAUGUUGUUUUUAAAAGAUACAUGCAUGUGAAUCCAUAUUCACAGUGAGACUUUUCUUGGCCAAACCUUGCAUGUACUGGAUUUAUUUCUACUCUGUAACUCUUGUCCAAGAGCAUACAGUGGAUAUCAUCUUGUAAUGUGAAAACUGAACACCUGUCUUAUCAGAACAAAGUUUUGGUUACAAGGGUGUUAAGACUGGUUUGUCUGUGAAUAUGGUUUUUAAUAUUGAAAUGUAUGCUGCCAACACUUGUAUGCUUGAUUAGAACCUUAUUUUAGAAAUUGCUAGUUCCCAACAAACUUGCUUGUAUGGUAUUUGACUUUUGUCCGUGUGAAAUCCAUUUAAUAUCGCUAACAUUUCAUGCCUUUAGUUUUUUAAAGUAGUUUAUAGAGUAAUUACAAUCAUCCAUCAUCUAAGAUAUUGGUUUGAAGGUGGAAAUUAUUGUUUGUAAACGUGGGUAUUACUAAUAUAUUUAUCAUA